AUUUUACUUUACCCGAGUCUAUACUAUAGAUAAUCCAAGGAUGGACUCUCCUGCGUCUGGAAGUGAAAACGUUUGGGGCGACAUCCGCGCCGACAUCCCUACCGUGACCAAGAAGAAGCGCCGUCUGCAGAAGAAGGCUCCUGGCGCGCCCAAGCGCGGCAAGUCGCCGUACAUUCUGUUCUCGAUGGACAAACGCGAGGAAAUCAAGGCCACGAUGGCCCCGAACGCGAAAGUCACGGACGUCAUGCGCGCCAUUGCUGAUGCUUGGAGCAAAAUGUCCGAGGACGAAAAAGCGCCGUGGAAAACCGCAGCUGAAUCGGACAAGCAGCGCUACGAAGAAGAAAUGGCCACCUAUGACGGUCCGCUGCGCGUUCCGAACAAGCGUGCGAAGAAGCACCCAAACGCUCCCAAGCGCGCGUCGUCGGCAUUCUUGUUCUACAGUCAAGUUAUGCGUCCUCGCAUCAAGUCGGAACACCAGGAGAUGAAGAAUACGGAAAUCUCGAAGCAAUUGGGCGAAGCAUGGGGUAAGGCGACGAAGGCCCAGAAGGCGCCGUUUGUCGAGAAGGAGAAGGAAGACCGUGCUCGCUACAAGCGCGAAAUGGAGGAAUGGAACAACGCCAAGCCGGAGCGGGAUUACCAAGAAGCCCACCAGCAGCAGUACAACGCCCAAUAUGGCUUUGACCAACUGGGCACAUACGACGAAGCCUACUCCACGACCGACGUGUAAAACGACAUGGUUGGCGUCGAUGUAGUGUCCAUAUUCCCUUGUAUAUUCUCCUAAUGCGAUUUUUUGAUCUCGAGA